CCAAUUAGCUCAGAGUUGCAUCGAUAAGAAACUGGACCAGAUCACCACAGAGGCUAUUUGUGACCAGUGGUGCAUCUGUUAGUUGGCUGGUAAGCAAUUUGAAGCAUCAGCACAGGUUUUACUCCAGGGCUUUUACCAGGGAUCUACAGGGAGGACAACAUAUUUUUUUUAAGCAACAACAUACAAAUUAAGAUGGUGUCCACUUCAUACUUGCUGGCAUUUAUCUUCUUCUGGACAGGGUUAUCGGCACAAUUUAUUGUUCCACCAUGUGACAAGGACAAGUUUGAUAGCGAUGUUCGCAUUUGCCUGUCAGUCUUCAACAACAGCAUGAAGACAAGUAACUAUCACGACAUAUGCCCCUGGCCGACAGUUAAACGCAUCUACAAUGAUCUGAAGCAUUGUGUGGAUGACUCAGCAAUAGCAACUUUGUGCAGGGGUUGCAAAUUUCUGGUAGACGAAAUCUUCCUGGAGGUCCAUAAGGAAUACUUUUUGCUCUGUGGACAGGUCCACGACCCCCCAAUCACCACUCUUAUUAUGCUUAUAGCACCUGGUAUCAUUGCCACAUUCUUCUUGCCCCUACUGUGCCUUAAACUCACCACCUGGAACAAAGAGAUGCCCUGCUCUGUGGGGCUCUGAUGUGCUGCUGACAAAGGAAAAUUGCAGUAUUUUUUAAUGGUAUUUUUCUGUUUUAUGCACGUGUAGGUCCCAUGUGUUUUGGUGCUCAGAGCGUAACACACAAUCACUGCGGUUAUGUAGAUAAAAGAAGAAAAACUGAAGAACAAAAUAAGUACAAUUUGGUUUCCCAGUGGAGGGCUGGGGGGACAACUGUUAACAUUUUCACUUUGAUUGGGCAACUAUACUUAUUUGAACCAGAGUGCAAAGACAAUGAGCUAAAUCAAGUUAGAGGAAAGAGGAAAAUUAGCACAUAGUUGGACCAAACUUAUCCCAACAUAUAAAGAGCAACAGUGAGUAUAAUCCCUAAAGUCGAACAGAACAUUUUUAAAAUGAUAUUUAUGUUUGAGUUGAAUCAUUAUAUACAUGAAACUUAAGAACAUGUUUAGGAAAUAAGAAAUGAGUCUGUUUAGCUGGCCCUUAAGUAGAAUCCUAUGCUAUAGCUAAUCCAUGGGGCUGAUCUCUGUUUUGACUUUAAGUAGAACCUAAAGACGAGCGUAUGAAAGGAUUUAUGUGAAAGUGAAGUUUACACUGCUUGCUCUGAUACAGUAUAUAUGUUGUUUUGUUGUAGUCUGUUUCCAGAAUCAUCAGUAAGGUUGGCCUGAUCCAUAUUUAGAACAAUUAUGAGGAUAAGACCAAGGUUGAAAAACACUGCAACUGUCCUUGCUGUUGUUUUAUACAUCAGCAUGCAUUAAGCAUAUCAUGUACCUACAAACAUAUCUUUGCUUGAUUAUGUCAAAGAAAGUAAGGGGGGAAAUUCUCAAUGGCAUUUUCCCUGUGGGUUAUAUUAUAUUAUAUACGAUUAUAUUUGUCACUGUUUCUGAACUUCACAAAAAGCUUAAAUCUUCUUAAUCUUAUCUCUCGACAAUUAAAAUUGAAAUAUGUAUGUAUACUUUGCCGUACAGAAACAGCAGCUGCAGUCAUUUUGAGUUUAUUGAAGAGUACAUUUUAUUUGAUUGUCUAAAUACUUGGCUGUGAAUGUCUGAACUUUAUGGAACUCUUUGUUUUAUGAUAUAGUAGAUCUCACCCAUCUGGCACCAAAAUAGAGGAAAACAAAACCUUCACAAUGAUAAACCUCACUGUCUCACACUGACUUGUCAUACUUGAAUUAUGUGUAUUGUAUUUUCAAUGUUUGUAAUCUGACAAAAAUGGCGAUUCUGUUUGUAUUUGAAACACAUAAUAAAUAUUUAUU